AUGGCGAAACGUACGACAGUCUUGUUUUUGACCAAUUCGGAGUUCAGUCAGUCUUCCGUUAAUUUGGCUUCGGCCGCGGCGCUCGCCAUAGAUGAGUCUAUGGAUGUUCAUAUCGGCUCUUUCAAGAACCUAGCACCCGUCGUUCCGGCUGGUGUCACUUUCCAUGCCCUGGCCGGAAAAUGCUUCAAGGACGUCGUGGUAGAGAAGGGCGGCGAGUUCCUGCCAAGACACGCGCCAGGUGUGCAAGGAGCAAUCCAGUCCUACAAGGAGACUAUGCCGCUGCUCCUUGCUCCAUGGGACUCAGAUGACUAUUUCGUUAUUUAUGACUCCUGUGUGAACCUGAUCAAGGAAUUGAAGCCGGCAGCGGUGGUGCUAGACUUUUUGUUCGGCCCCGGCGCCGAUGCGGUCAACACUCUCAAGCAACGGCACAUCUACCUAAGCCCGGGAACUUACAAGGAUCAUGCCGUUCACAUGCAGCCCUACCUCGGGUUUGCGUGGAAAUAUCCAGUCGUAUCAUCGGGAUUUCGCGUCCCCUUACCUUGGUCAAGCAUUUUGCCAAACAUAUACUUGAUCUACAACCUGCUGAAGCUGAGCUACUUCAUCCCGCGGGUAACAGACUUCAUCAAAGCGCGCAACGCGCGGGGCAUCGAGGGGAACCUCAGCACCAAGUACAACAUGUUCAACUUCGACCUGCUGUACCUGACGCAAGCACGUCCGCAAACCGAUUUCCCGCUCACCUACGUCCCAGACAAUCUAAUUGGCUGCGGGCCGAUCCUGCCUCCUUUCGAGCCUCUCGAAAAGGCGGAUCCGGAGCUUUACAGGUGGUUGAUUGGCCGCCCCACUGUCAUCAUCAACAUGGGCUCCCACGUCACGUACAAGGGCAACCAGAUCGGCGAGGUCUUGUCCGCUAUCCAGGAGAUUGCCGAUCGCCACCCCGAGAUCCAGAUCUUGUGGAAGUGCCCGAAGCCCUCAAAGGAGGAACAGGCGCCGUCUGUUGAUAAGGACCUCUUUGGUGAUCGCAUUAAGAUUAUCUCGUGGUUGCCGUCGACGCCGGUCGCGGCGCUGACGGCGAGUAAGUCUAUCUUGGCGUAUGUGCAUCAUGGUGGAUCGAAUUCUUUCCAUGAGGCUAUUGGGGCGGGUGUGCCGCAGGUUGUAUGUCCUGUUUGGAUUGAUACAUAUGAUUUCGCGACGCGGGUUGAGAUGAUUGGGGUUGGUGUUAGAGGUAAUGAGAAGGCUGCCCCGUAUGUGAAGGCGGAUGAGUUUGCGACUGCCUUGGAAAAGGUGGUGGGGGGCUCGCCUGAAGCGCUGAAGUUUAGGGAGACGGCUAAGAGGAUAUCGGAACAGGUGGGGUAUGUAGAUGGUGGGAGGACCGUUGCUGCGAGGCAUAUUAAGGAUAUUGCGUUGAAGGUGUAA